UUUUUAGGUUUCGGCAAAGCACAAUGGUUUCAACUGCUCAUAUCCGGCCUUUUGACACUUCACUCACAAAUCUCACAAACUUCCGUGGGAAUCAUAGCCAUAGCUUCACAAUGCGAGUUCGGCAUAAGUCAAGAGGAAAAGGGCAUAAUGAUGGCGGCUGCGUACUUUUGGGGUUAUGCCAGUGAUGCUUUCGGUCGACGUUCGGUACUGCUCUAUGGUACGAUCAUCACAAAUAUGCUACAGUUGAUCUCCAUGUUUAUUACAAAUAUAUGGGUUUUCAACUUUAUUAACUUAUUAAUGGGCAUCAGUUUAGGGGGCGUCUCAGCUGCUAUUUACGCAUACCUUAGCGAGUUCAAUACUGACAAGCAUGGCGCUGUCGUUACUAAUUAUUCAACCAUGUUCGUAAGCAUCGCAGCAAUCUAUAUGCCUGCGACCUCUUGGCUUGUACUUUCCGCCGAUUGGUCUCUUCACAUAAGCGACGGUUUCAUAUUCCGGCCAUGGCGGUUGAUAAUCCUGUUGAAUCUCUUGCCGGGCUUGAUUGGAGCAAUCAUGCUGUACCCCUUCCCGGAGAGUCCAAAGUUACUGUUGGCCCAGGAAAAGGAAUAUGAGGCCAUUGCAGCGCUGGAAUGGAUCUGUAAGUUUAAUCGUGGUCGUCCUAUAGCAAGAGUUUUCGGAAAUGAUGCUGAUUUCAAAUUAAAACCGGAACAGAUCGCUGACGAUACUUUGCGCAGCGCUGGUGGUGUUUGUGGCGUUCUUGUGAACAUUUGGAGAGCAACGGUGCCGCUCUUUCGUAAGCCAUAUUGUGUGAAUUUCAUAUUGAGUAUUGUUGUUGUAUUUGGCAUGUUUCUCACAACGAUGGGUAUGCAAAUUUGGUAUCCAGAAAUAGUGAAUCGUUUGUCGGGUGAUAAUGCCGGAAAUAGUUCGACGGUGUGUGACAUAUUAGAAGCUUCGUUCGAAAAACAACGCUUAAAUGUAACUUCCGGCGAUGAGAAGAUCUGCGAUGAUACUAUCACGGCCAAGACUUAUAUAGAUAACAUAAUUGUGGGUUGCUCAUUUUUGGUGGGUUUUGCCAUACAGGGAGCUCUGCUGAAUCGUUUGGGCCGCAAAAAUGUUUUAAUGGCCGCUCUGGCCAUUGGCACUCUGAGUGGUAUUCUGCUGCACUUCGUCGCCAACGCGCAAGCUGUCCUAGUACUAUUCUGCAUGUACAUACUCAUGCCGGGAUUAUCCAUAUCGAUUAUGAGCAGUGCCAGAGUGGAUUUGGUGCCAACCCAAUUGAGAGGCAAAGCGGUAGGCAUUGCUGUGGCGGUGGGCCGUCUGGGAGUGAUAGUCGCUGCCAAUAUUAUUGGCGUUAUGCUGGAGCCAUAUUGUAAGACCUCUUUUGCAAUACUCACAGCGUCAAUUUUAAUCUGCGCCUUUUUGACGCUGUUCAUACUGAUGUGAAGAAUGUUGUUCGAAAAAGCCUUUGGACCGACCAUAUCAAAAUUAUGAUUGUGUUUGCUGUUGUUACUGUAGUUUUGCUCUAUUUUGUUUUUAUUUUCUUGUAACAUUUAUAAUAUUUUAACAUAGGA